AUGUGGACAGCGUGGUGUGUGGCUACUCUGUCCAUGGUGGCUGUGUGUGGCAUCCGCCAAGAGACGAACACUGUCCUCAGGGUUACCAAAGACGUGCUGAGCAACUCCUUCUUGGCCACCUUGCAGCAAAGUGAUGCUCUCCGCUCAGCCCUGAGAGAGGUGCCCAUGGGUGUCGGUGGUGUUCCCUACAAUGAGUUUCAUGUCCAAGAACCACCCCCAGAGUAUACCAACGGCAACCAGCUUGGUAGUAAUUACAAGUACGGUCACAUUGAGACCAAUGACAACACCGCUCAGCUGGGGGGCAAAUACCAAUACGGUGAGAUCGUUGAGUCUGACGGAAGCAUCAGGGACCUCCGGAAGGGCAACUACCGCAACGCUGAGAGUGCAUAUGGCAGCCGGAGGGGCCACAGGCAGUACAGGUCAGCAGAAGUGGCGGCGACCAUGGGCAGACUUCACCGGCAACAGCUGCAGCCUGGAGAGAUCCCACCUGGUGUAGCCACUGGGGCGCUGGGCCCAGGUGGUUUGCUAGGCACUGGAGGCAUACUGGCAGCCGACGGCAGCCUAGCGGGCCAAGGUGGCCUGCUCGGUGGAGGUGGUCUCCUUGGUGAUGGAGGACUUCUCGGAGGAGGGGGCGUCCUGGGCGCACUCGGCGAGGGUGGCAUCCUCAGCAGGGCAUCACAGGGUAAGGAGGGGCUGCGCAUCGUGGAGCUGACUCUCCCUCGGGUGUCUGUGUGGCUCCUGCCGGGUGUGGGCGUCUACCUGAGCUUGUACACCUGCGUGGCCAUCAACGGGAAAAGUCUUAUUGGCUUCUUGGACAUCGCAGUGGAGGUGAACAUCACGGCCAAGGUCCAGCUGACCAUGGAGCGCACGGGUUACCCACGGCUGGUCAUGGAGCAAUGUGACACCCUCCUGGGGGGUAUCAAAGUCAAGCUGCUGCGAGGGCGAUGGUUCCACAUUCUGUGCUGCUCCAGCCACAGGGGUGUCACUGCUCUGCGUGGCCCUCCCCGUGCCAGCGCCAUCCCAGCCCGAGGGCGCCUCUUCUUUGAGUCUGCCUUUCCUGAGACCCCUUCGGCCCUGUGCAUCCCCGUGCUUCUGGACAUGGUGGGAGCCCCCGGCUACCACCUGAAAGCCAUUUGGGAACCUCGGAGAAGGCAGCACCCACAGCAAAAAGAGCCUUGCGCCUUCGGGCAUUAUCGGGUGCGUCUUUGGAUCAAAGCAUGA